UGUCGGGGAAGUGGUGGGCGUUCCUCUGUGUUCGUUCGCUAACUGUUGAUGUUGAGAGGCUAUUUUUCACCUCCACCACCACCACCGCUAGCAAUCCCGAUGUUUCUCCCGACGCUUGUGGAGGACAUGCAUCACUUCAAGCCGAGUCGAGACAGACUGUACACCACCCGGUGUUGUGGAUGUUGCCACGUCCGGACGGGGACCAUCAUCCUGGGAACAUGGUACAUGGUUGUCAACCUGUUGAUGGGCAUCCUGCUGACUGUCGCUGUGACCCACCCAGAAAACGUUCCCACCAUCAACUUGCAGUAUGAGGUCAUCGACCGUUAUUUUGCCUCUGACAGGAUGUCUGAGAACGCCUGUGUCGGAUUUGCCAUCUCUCUGCUGAUGCUCACCAUCAGCGCCAUGAUGGUGUAUGGAGCCAUAACUCAUCGUGAUGGCUGGCUCAUCCCGUUUUUCUGCUACCAGCUGUUUGACUUCGCUCUCAGCUGCUUGGUGGCCAUCAGCUCUCUCACCUACCUGCCCAGGAUCAAGGACUACCUGGACCAGUUGCCGGAUUUCCCCUACAAGGAUUACCUCCUGUCUAUGGACCCCAGCUGCCUACUGCUCUUUGUGCUCGUCUUCUUUGCCUUCCUGAUCAUCCUCAAGGCUUACUUGAUCAACUGCGUGUGGAACUGCUACAAGUACAUCAACAACAGGAACAUGCCAGAGAUUGCCGUCUACCCCGCCUUUGAGACUCCACCGCAGUACAUCCUGCCCACCUAUGAAAUGGCAAUGAAGAUGCCAGAGAAGGAACCACCUCCUCCUUACAUGCCCGCUUAAGCACCAGCCCCCAUUGCCAAAACAUAUACAACAACACACACACACACACACACACACCGCCAUAUGCAUUCCUAUAUUCCCUCACUAACCCUUUCUGAACACCAUUGCGCCCUUACCCCCCACCGCCACCACCACCACCCCCAACCCACAUCCCCCUCGGACCUACUGUGUAUAUGUAAGGCCACUGAUAAUGUUUUGUUUGACCCUGCUCACCGUGUUUCUAUAGAGAUUCUAUCCUGGUGAGAGUGAGAGGACAAAGGUGGGAAAAGACUGAAAAUUGUGUGAAAUGACUGAAUGAAUGUGAUGUUUGAAAAGUGUUGGAAGCUACCAUCCCACCCACCCCUCCCCUUUCUCUGGCCUUUUUUAUGUCUUAGUAAAAGGGAUACAUGUAAAAAAAAAAAAAAUGAAACUGCUUGAAAUGAAAUGCUAUCAUCAAUCCAGCACCAUCCUAUAUAUAGAUUGAUAUAUGAAGUGUAAAAUUAAAAAAAAAAAAAAAAAAGACAAUCCACUUAUUAUAGCUCUUAUUGUUGAAUUGUGUUUUUUUCCCCCUAAUUAUUAAGAUCUAGACUAUUCCAUCUCAAUCUUGAAUGGAGUCCGUAGCACUUGUUUGUCUGUUAUUUAUUUAGCUUCGCUGUGGUUCAGUUGAGCACCACUCCUGACGUUUUCGUCACCUCUCCGCUGCCCCGAUGGUCUACUGCCUCGUGUUAGCAAAGCUAGUAAACGGUUUUCCAGUUAAGGCCGAGAGACAAAGCAGAGAGCGCUGACAGAAGGAUCGUCUUCUCUGCUUCUUUCUCGUCUGACAUCCGGAGCAAUCGGCUAGUCUUGUGAACAUUAGUAGUUGCAUGCUUAUCCACCCACCCAUUACUUUACUGGUAUUAUGAUUUUAUCCUAGUGGAAAAAAAAUUUGACUUCAAUAAAAGUUUCAAAACAUUUAUAUCAUCA